CGAGCAGGAGCUGGUGGCGGCCAGUGGGCACAACACCUUCAUCCAGAUGCUGGUGCGCAACAUGCGGGACUUGAUCCUGCGCGACGGCUCGGCGGUCUGAGAUCCGGGGAUCAAAUCUACUAUUUUUCUCUUUUUCCGGGUAUUCAAUUUCAAAAAAUUUCGCCUCUUUGGUAGUUUCUUUUUCAAACUACAGCCAGCUUCUUUGGCAUUCUCUACUCCCAAUUUUCACUCUCUCAUACACACAAACCAAACAUGGCAUCAAAUUCAAAGGCGGCUGACUUUAUGAACCUGCAUGAGAGCGAGGAGAGCGACGCGGGGUCUGAGUCCGAGGCAGAGCAGGGACGGACCAGCGCGAUCCGGUCUCGCCAGGCCUAUGGCGGAUCAAGCGACAGCGAUGCCAGCGACGAAGAAGACACCAACAGCACAAAUGUCGAAGAACGCGAGGCGGCAGGAUGCCGAGACGAAGGAUACAGCGAGUAAGGAGGAGUCUGAGGACGACUACUUUAUCGGCGAUGAUGCUGGGGAGGACAAUGAGGAUGGAGAGCCUGCUGCGGAGGACUCCAAAAAGAGAAAGGAGCGGCUGCUCUCGGAGAAGGACAUCGAGGCUGCGCGGCUGGCGGAGAAGCGCUCCGGAGUCAUCUACAUGUCGCGGGUGCCGCCGUUCAUGAAGCCGGCCAAAGUGCGGCACCUUUUGUCGAAAUACGGCGAGAUCGGGCGCAUAUACCUUGCCAGAGGAGGACGAGAAGCGGCGGACGCGGCGGAUCAAAAGCGGCGGCAACCGCAAGCGCCAGUUCGUCGAAGGGUGGAUUGAGUUCAAGAACAAGAAAUACGCCAAGGCUGUUGCACAGAUGCUGAACAACACGCAGGUAGGCGGCAAGAAGCACGGGUUCUACCAUGACGACCUAUGGAAUUUAAAGUACCUAAGCAAGUUCAAGUGGCGCCAUUUGACCGAGCAGCUGGCUAACGAGAAGGCGUCC